CUAACAAUCAACUUCACUUGGUGACUAAAUUUCUAUUCUAAAAACAACAUGUAGGAUUGUAGGUGCACUUUGUAAAAUGGAGGCCGGCCCCUCCCGCAAACGCUUGCGGCGUAGUACACGAAGUUGCUAUCAAUGUAGAAAGCGUAAAGUAAAGUGUCAGCUCAUUGAUGAGAAGGUUGAUACUUGUGCUGAGUGCGUCAAGAGCGGGAUUCGGUGUACUAUUCAACCGCCUGAGGCAGCGUUGAGCAGCAAAGGCUCUCCUAUUUACGUUGAUAAGGAAGGACAAGAAGCAAGACUAGAUCGCAUCGAAUCUCUCUUGAAAAGGUUGGUUGAGACACAAGAACAAUCUCAACCGGCUGAGGCUUCAUUCGAAUGCGAAUCUAUGGCUCCAGCCUCUCUUUGGAACGAUUUUUUGUUUCAAUCAACGACCGAUGGAACAUUCCCUCUCUUCAACGAUGAUAGUCAUCCUAUACAUCAGUUAGAAGACACGCCAGAUGAGAAACAGCCACUUGUGGCCCUUCUUCCGUCUGUGCAGGAUGCAGUUACUAUAGCUACAAACAGUUCUGCUGGCCUGUGGGGAGCAGAAACACCCCUUGGCAGUGUCCUGAGGCCGAACGAUACACUCCGGCUCCGAGACAUAGCUGCUAUUUCGAGAGGUAGUGCUAUGCAUGUUGCUAAAACAUUGCUCUUAUUCGCGCUAUACAUGCAACAACUCCCGUCACGUUUUGACGUGCAGUUCUUAGGUCCCGAAAGCAUCGAAAGGACUAUCGAAUUGAUCAUAGACCGGGUCAAGCUAUUCGUCCUAUCUCACGAAGACGAAGCUUCUUCGUUAGAAGGUAUAGAAUGUCUCACUUUACUAAGCUCCAUUUAUCUUAACGAUGGCGCAAUUCGAAAAGCGUGGAUGAUCUUUAGAAGAGUUCUCGAUAUUGCCAGAUUAAAGGGGUUUCAAAAUAGUUUCUCCCUUUCUGCUCGCAGCUCAUCUUGUAGCAAUUUAGCCCUUCAACGGCGCCUGUGGCUUUCGACCGUCUGCGGCGAUUGCUACUGCAGUCUUCUCCUCGGUCUUGAGCCUGGACUUGGUAUUGCACCCUUUGGUCCUGGCGACGAUACCUGGGUGGAUCCGCUUGCUGAUGAAGAUACCAACGUCCAACGCCGUAUUUGCCUAAUAGUGUCACGCAUUGCACAGAGGAAUGCUGUUGGUCUCAGUGGAGACCGUAGUAUCCUUCGAGAAAUGGACGAGGCACUGAACAGAUUACAAGAUUUGAUGCCUGCUUCUUGGUGGAGAGCUCCGUCGUUCCGUCAAGAUCGAUCUCUUGACUCAUCCAGGGAGCCAAACCGCCUUAUAUGCCAGCUAUGGUUUUAUCAAGCGCGGGUAUUUGCGCACUUACCUAUCGCGUUUGGAAAAGCUAUGAGUGACUCACUGGAUAGCCUCGAAAGCUGUAUAGAGGCAUCCAGGUUUACAAUUCAUCGAUACCUUGGAUUGCAGCACGUCAAAGAUCAAUUAUCUCGUUGCAGAGCCGUCGAGCAGUCUGCCUUUUUUGCUGCCGUGGUUCUUCUCCUCGCUAAAGUACAGCUCCAAUAUCUUGAUAAGCGUGCUAUAGCUUCUAGAUACGACUCAGAUCAGGCUCUGAUUGAGCAAGUCGUUGGCUCUUUCGAAGUUUCUGGAGAAGCUGGAAGUAGAGAACAUGUAGCAAGGCAAAGCUACGAGAUCCUCUCCACUAUGCUAGAUAUCAUUACUAACUCAGAGAACACCUUAUUCAUGACGGGUCACUCCGGUUCCAACGCUCCCUCGACACUUGGAUCGUCUUUCGAUCCCAACAUCGUUGGGAAUACUGAGGAUGUUUCCAGUGCGACCAGGUCCGGAAUGGAAGAUAUAAUUGCGUCUUCGAUCCAACCAAUGCUCGACGUAGAAAGCCCAGCUUCGCACCUGAUGAAACUAUUAUUUACGAAGUGUGACAUAGCAAAACUUCCUCAAACCCCACCACACGUAGCGCUUACCGUUGGUGGUUUAAUAGAUCCGACUAUCCUUCAGUGAGACACUUCAUAGAAACUACAACAUUGACAGUUGUUUUUCCAUAGAACAGGCAAUUUUACUUUGUUUAGGGUGUUAC